AUGCAAGAGAUUUCUGAGUGUGGAGGUUCUUUUCAAGAGCUGGAUCAGAUGAGACAUUUCUUGGGAAUGUUGGAAUGUCUUGAAACUGUGAAAGUUGGUGUUGUGGACGCAGACAACAACAGUAAGCUCUUGCGAGCUAAUCUGCUGUCUCUCCCCAAACUUUCAUCAGAAUGCAACAUCCAAUUCAUCUGACAUUUUCUUUCCUUUAUAUCAAUAAGGUUGGUUACAAUCUGUUACUUU